AGAGCUGCCCCCUGUCUUCAGACACCUGCUGCUACUGCCUGACACAGGGGACGACGAGAGAGGGGGGCGACUCACUAGACCCAUGCAUCGACCCUGGUCUGAAGGAUUACAAUUCCUAGCUGUCCAAUCUUUACAUCAGUGAGUAAGGAGGGAGGACGCAAAGGGAAGGACGGACAGCAGAGAUUCAAGGGAUCUCUUACUGCCCAUGCCCCUCCCUUCCCCUCCCUUCCAUGGGAUGGGCACCACAGAGGCGACACUACGAAUGGAUAACAUGGAAUGUAAAGACGAGUGGCAGGAUGAAGACUUCCCCAGACCACUUCCUGAGGACGGUGACAUGGAGUCUUCCUGUGGUCUCACCGAUGACAGAGCCUCUCCCCCCAAUUCUCUGAAUGUUAAUGCAGGUGGAGGAGGCGGAAGUGGAGGAGGGUCCACCCAUCGUAAGCGCCGUACAUUAGUGGCCCCGGACAUGAACCUGUCCCUGGACCACAGCGAGGGUUCCCUGCUGUCUGAAGACUUCCUGGAUACACCCGACGACCUGGACAUCAACGUGGACGACAUCGAGACCCCCGACGACAACGACUCCCUGGAGUUCAUCACCAACGGCAAUGAGCUGGAGUGGGAAGAUGACACGCCAGUAGCCAACGCCAAAGCGGGGCCUGGUGACGGAGAGGAGGAGGAUUGUGCUGAUGGGACAGGGGGUAACGGGCGCCUGUGGAGGACGGUGAUCAUUGGGGAGCAGGAGCACCGCAUCGACAUGCAGGUCAUCAGGCCAUACCUCCGCGUCAUCACCCAUGGGGGUUACUAUGGCGAGGGUCUGAAUGCCAUCAUAGUGUUCUCAGCCUGCUACCUGCCCGACAGCAGCUGUGCAGAUUACCACUACAUCAUGGAGAACCUCUUCCUGUAUGUGGUCAGCAGUCUAGAAAUGCUGGUUGCUGAGGACUAUUUGAUCAUCUACAUGAAUGGAGCCACACCGCGGGGCAAGAUGCCGGGCAUAGGAUGGCUGAAGAAAUGCUAUCAGAUGAUUGAUAGGAGGCUGAGGAAGAAUCUGAAGUCUCUGGUCAUCGCCCACCCCACCUGGUUCAUCCGCACUGUGCUGGCCAUAUCCAGGCCCUUCAUCAGUGUGAAGUUUAUGAAUAAGAUCCAGUAUGUGCACAGUCUGGAUGAGCUGGCAGAGAUAGUCCCCAUGGAACAUGUGCAGGUCCCGGAGUGUGUGGUGCAAUUUGAGGAGGAGAGGAUCAAAGCUCGGAAAGAAAGGAUGGAGCAGGAACAGCGGCAGCAGGAGCAUCCAAACCCACAGGUGUCUUCUUCAGCCAAGGCAGAGAGGCCCAAGUCAAUGAUCGCAGGGCAAGGAAUCUGAAAGGGAUCUGCUCCUCUUUAUUCAUCUCAUGCCAUGUUGGUGAAAGAAGUUUGGAGCAUGAAAACUGUGUUUUAUAAGAAGAAACAUGAAGUCCAACAAGUCUAAGAAUACUUCCUCAUUUAUAAAUAUCAAGCUGAAGAUGUUUCCAUCAAGAUAUUAAACUCCCCAACGUGCGUGCACACACUCCUCAGCGGUUCUUAGGUUGCCAACUGAUUCCAUCAGGACAUUCCAAGGAACUGUCUGUUCUGGGGACUGUACAACUCCAUGUUACAUAUUUUUACGACCGCUAAAAGUGCUUACCAGUCCCCACCAUGAGUUUUGUAUCCAUUUCAAAUAUAGAUGACAGUGCGAUGCCUUUGCAUAAGUCAAGAUGUAAGAAAAACUAACAUGAAUAUUGAAGAAAAUGUUUCACAGGACAUAAAUGGUGUAAGCUGUCAGUAGCAGGCAGGUAACCAGACCUGUUACAGUUUUAUGUGUUGGAGGCUCUUGCAGGAACCAUUGUAGACUAGACUUGAGUAUGUACUAACUACUGUAUACAGACAGUGUUGGAUGGUGUCAUGUCCUUGGAGCUGCACUGAGGGCUCUGCCAGCUCUGGUUUCUGAGAGGAAGAUAUGCCUAAGAGAAGAAGAGGGGGGAGGAGGACCAGAGAGUCAGGCAAUGCUACUUAGAGCUCAGCAUUGGUGUGCAUAAUUUCACCCAAGGGGCUAUGCUAGCCCUUGAAAAUGUAGAUGUAGACUAGAAUGCUUUGCGAGACAUCAGAUGCCUUCACCGUUGCUUCAUUUUGGCCUCAUAAUGUGUCCUAGUACAGGCUUUAUUUUUGAUCAGCUGUGUUGCAUUAAUAAUUUUGAUGUCAUCGUGUUUCAUGGUCCGGGGAUCAUUCAGUGCCCAACUAACCAACCUAUGUACCUUACAUUCUGAUGUGCCUCAGGAUUCUUGUCUGUACAUGAAUAUGGGGGCACACUGAAAGUAAGACCAAGAAAUGUGCUGGUUUGACUGUAAUGUCAAGAGCACUGCAUUUCAUUUAAGUUAUUAUUAUUAUUAUUAUUCAAUCAUUAAUGUUGUGACUUAAUGGUAUCAUUUCUGUAUCAUGCUGUGUUGUGGGUGCAGUCAAAGCAUGCCAACAUGUUGUCAGCAUGUAAUAUACCUUCAGAUGUCCUAUUGGAUUAUGGACCAGUCGCCUACUGGUCAAUCUUCUAUUGGAUACUUACCUACCGGGUGGUAGAGGGGAGGAAGUGUUAGAGUUUUUAUUUUUGUAAGAAUUACAUACAUGUAUUGUAAGUGUUGUUUUGCACUAUUGAAUUUGAUUGUCAUUAAAUGGUGAGCAUAAAAUGUAUGUGUUUUUUUGGGGCAGGUUGCCUUCCUAAUAUGUAACUCAAGAUUGAUUUUUGUGUGCUCUUCUAAUUUUUGUACAAGUAUAGUACAAUAUCAUGCAUUGUAUUUGUUGGUAACCUGUCAACCCGAGACAUGCACAUCUAUAGCAAGUAUGAUAAUCAGAAAUGCCUCUGUUUCUGAAGUGCCAUCCAACUUCAAAUGUUACCUUGAUAAAUGUAAAACAUAACAGAAGUCCUUUUCUGUGGACAGGUAUUGUGUGGAUGAUGAUGGGCUAGAGCAGAGGUUACCGAUAUUCAACGGACAAAGUAAGAAAAUGGCUUCAGUAAAGUUCACCAAACAUUUUGAAUACACAAAAUUGUAGUGUUAUGUUAGAACAUUGGUCAGAUUCAUUUGCCUUUGAUUUCUGGUGGAGAAUUGCAAGAGUUUUUCUGCAGUCUCCCAAUGCUGCUGGAGAGAGAGUGGCAUUUUCUAAGGGAUGUCAGCUCUUCUGAGUACCUAUCCUUCUUUUAACCAAAUUCUACACAGAAAACUAUGAUAUGGAAUGUACAAUAAAUAUUCUAAAUUGACUACUGGGACUUUUUCGAAAUUGCUAGUAAACUGAUUUAGUUGACAGUGGUGUAUUUUGACCAUAUUUUCAGUCUUUAAAAGCACAAUAUGUUAUUACACUGGAAGAUUUGGAAGAGAUCAGUGGGCAAUUUGUCUGCUGGAAUAGUGUAUGUAGCUAAUUUUUCAAAACUGCAAAGCUUAAAAUGGUGUUGGGAUAUGUAGCUAUGUAGUUUGGAUGUUCUUUAGAUUGUGGUGGUAAAUUCUUCCAUGUAAAAAUAAAUAAAUAAACUGUUCCACCCAACAA